AUGGCUUUCGAACCAUCUUUCGAAGACAGGCAAGAUUUCGCCGAUGCCGAGCGAGGCUUCAUCGAUAAGCUCGAGCCCGGUAUCAUCAAGAACGCAGCCGGAGAGGUUGUGUGGAACAUUGACCAGUUCAAGUUCCUCGAGCAAGAAUGUCCCGCCACCGCGAACCCCAACCUCUGGCGGCAGGGCCAGCUCAACUCGAAGCAGGGUCUCUUCGAGAUCUGCCCGGGCAUCUACCAGAUCAGGGCAUUUGACCUGUCCAACAUUUCCAUCGUGGAAGGCAAAGAGGGUAUUAUUAUUAUCGAUCCUCUCGUCUCGUGCGAAUGUGCAGCCGCGGCGCUGGCCAUUUAUGAGAAGCAUCGCGGGAAGAGGAAGGUGACGGGUAUGAUUUACUCCCACUCCCACGGCGACCACUACAUGGGCGCUCUGGGUGUCAUUCCGGCCGACGCGGGCGACUCGAUUCCCAUCAUCGCGCCGGAGGGUUUCAUCGAGGCGGUGAUGAGCGAGAGCAUCAUGGCUGGUCCCUCAAUGAGACGUCGUGGAGCUUACAUGUACGGAAGGGAGUUGCCUCGCUCAGCUGAAGGCCACAUUGGCGUUGGUCUUGGAAUGGGGUCUUCCACAGGUCUGACUUCGCUUAUCCUACCAAACACACUAAUCCAGAAGACCGGUGACGAGCUCGUCGUCGACGGCGUCCGGAUUGUGUUCCAGAUGGUUCCCGGCUCGGAAGCGCCGGCGGAGAUCAACUUCCACUUUCCCGAGUUCAAGGCCCUGUGCAUUCCCGAAACCGCCACGAAUUGCAUGCACAAUAUCGUCACUCUCCGCGGUGCCCAGGUCCGCGACGCCAAGGCGUGGUCUGGGUAUCUCGAUGAGGCCAUCGUCAUGUUUGGGGAGGAGUCCGACGUGCUAUUCGGAAGCCAUAACUGGCCUACGUGGGGCAAGGCCGAACUGACCCGCCGGCUGGAGGAGCAGAGGGACAUGUAUGGCUACAUGCACGACCAGACGCUCCGCAUGAUGAACCUAGGCAUGACUGGCGUCGAGAUUGCCGAGCGCAUCCAGCUCCCUCCCGCCAUCCAAAAGGCGUGGCACUGCCGGGGAUUCUACGGCUCGUUGAGCCACAACGUCAAGUGCAUGGGCGGCGUCGAAAAAGUGUGCACCCUCGGCCAGAACUUCAUCGACGCCGGCGACGCCCGCUUCGCCGCCACCCUGCUCGACCACGCCUACGCCGCCGAGCCCGCCGACGCGCGCGUCAAGGACCUGCUGGCGACGGCGUACGAGAAGCUCGGCUACGGCGCCGAGAACGCGACGUGGCGCAAUUUCUACCUCGUCGCUGCCCAGGAGCUGCGUACGGGCAAGGGCGCGGGCAUGAUUGGUGGCGGGAGCACACCGCUGGGGCCGACAUUGACCGUGGGCCAGUGGUUCGAUGUCAUGUCGAUCCAGCUCGAUGGGGAGAGGGCUGUCGGGGAGUCGUUUGCCAUUGAUUUCGACGUUGUGGAUGUCAAGGAGAGGUGGAGGCUGGUUCUGAGUAAUGGGACCCUGCAUAAGCGGGAUUUGAAUGCGUUCAAGACGGCGCCGGCGAGUGAUGCGAAUCUGACGUUGCGGAUGGACAAGGCGGAGUUGCUGGAGGUGCUGCGUGGGAAGGAGGCUGGGAGUGGGCAGGCGCAGGGGAUGUUGGGGUUCUUGCCAAGUUGA